AUGCUGCCAAACAUUCUGCAAUGCACAGGACAGCCACCAACAACAAAGAAUUAUCUGACUUAAAAAAUGAAAAGUUUGAAAAACCCUGCCAUGGGGUCUCUGUCACCCGCACUAAAGUGCAGCCUCGAAGUCCUAGACGCAAGUCAUCAUCCCACUUCAGCCUCAAAACUAGCUGGGACUACAGUCACAUGCUACCACAUUUGGGGAGAAAGCAGAGAACACACAGUGGUUUGUUGCCUUCGUUCUUUGAAGCUAGCUCACACUUAACCAUAGAAACAGUAUGCAAGAUGUGGUACCUGCACUACCCUGCCCUUGAAACUGUUUGGCUUCUUACGUUCUGACCACCUCCAAACCCACAAUAUUUGAAAACGCAGCUUUCCCUGAUGUCUGGCAUUUUUCCAUGAACUGCCAUUGUAUCUCCUUUUAUUUUUUACUAUUUUGUUUAAACCCCUCAAACCUUUCAUCAUAAUAUGCUUCCAGUGGGUUUGGGCAGCUACUCUGAGAGCCUGAGUAUAAAUCAACACCAUUGUGAUUCCUGAAGUUGCAAAGUGCUGUCACUCUUGAAACUGGGGCUGCUUCUCUAGAUCCCUGACAACAUAUAAUGCACACAGAGACACACCACUUUCGAAGAAGACUGUUCAGGAGGCUAAGUUCUUAAAAUCUUCAAAAGAGGUAUAGCUGGUUGGCUGGGCACCACACUGUCAGGUGACUGUCAUUUUUUCCUUUUGGUCUGAAUUCCCAUUGUGAUAUCAUCAGAGGUUCCACACUUCACAAGGAAAGCUUCUUAUGACCUCAUCAGGAGGCUCAGACCCUGCCAGACUGCCUGCUUUCAUGGAUAGACAUAAUAACCUUCAGCUUGAAUGUUAACACCUUGAUGGGAAAGGUGGCUCAUGGAAUGUUUUCUUAUCCUUUGAACACUCCUCAUUUCAGAAGCUUUGCUUCUGUUGCAACCAAACAUGACACUUAGCGUGCUGAGCAGGAAGGACAAGGAAAGAGUAAUUCGCAGACUGUUAUUACAGGCCCCUCCAGGGGAAUUUGUAAAUGCCUUUGAUGAUCUCUGUCUGCUUAUCCGUGAUGAAAAACUUAUGCACCACCAAGGUGAGUGUGCAGGCCACCAACACUGCCAAAAAUAUUCUGUACCACUCUGCAUCGAUGGAAAUCCAGUACUCUUGUCUCACCACAACGUAAUGGGCGACUACCGAUUUUUUGACCAUCAAAGCAAACUUUCUUUCAAAUAUGACCUGCUUCAAAAUCAGCUGAAAGACAUCCAAAGUCAUGGUAUCAUUCAGAAUGAGGCAGAAUACCUGAGAGUUGUUCUUCUGUGCGCCUUAAAACUGUAUGUGAAUGACCACUAUCCAAAAGGAAAUUGCAACGUGCUGAGAAAAACUGUCAAAAGUAAGGAGUACUUGAUAGCUUGCAUUGAAGAUCACAACUACGAAACAGGAGAGUGCUGGAACGGACUUUGGAAAUCUAAAUGGAUUUUCCAAGUUAACCCAUUUCUAACUCAAGUAACGGGAAGAAUAUUUGUGCAAGCUCACUUCUUCAGGUGUGUCAACCUUCAUAUUGAAAUAUCCAAGGACCUGAAAGAAAGCUUGGAAAUAGUUAACCAAGCUCAACUGGCUCUAAGUUUUGCAAGGCUUGUGGAAGAGCAAGAGAACAAAUUUCAAGCUGCAGUCUUGGAAGAAUUACAGGAGUUAUCCAAUGAAGCCCUGAGAAAAAUUCUACGAAGGGAUCUUCCAGUGACCCGCACUCUUAUUGACUGGCACAGGAUACUCUCUGACUUGAAUCUGGUGAUGUAUCCUAAAUUAGGAUAUGUCAUUUAUUCAAGAAGUGUGUUGUGCAACUGGAUAAUAUAAAGAAUUGCUCCUGGUAACUA